GGCGUGGCCAGGACUCCCUGAGGGCGGUGGCGGCGAGAGGGGUCCGGGAGGGUCCGGCAGCCGGGAGAGGAUUUUGGUGGACAGUGCCUCACCCAAGCCAUGGCCACACGCCUCAGAUCGGCUGGCAGGAGCUGCACCGUGAUCGGGGGCUCGGGGUUCCUGGGGCAGCACAUGGUGGAGCAGCUGCUGGCCAGGGGCUACAGCGUCAACGUCUUCGACAUCCAGCAGAGCUUCCAGAGUGAGCAGGUGACCUUCUUCCUGGGAGACCUGUGUGACAAGGAGGCUCUGCUGCCAGCCCUGCAAGGGGUGUCUGUGGUGUUCCACUGUGCCUCACCAGCCCCUUCCAGUGACAACAGGGAGCUGUUCUACAAGGUGAAUUUUAUGGGAACCAAGGCAGUCAUUGAAGCCUGCAAAGAAGCUGGAGUGCAGAAAUUGGUGUUAACCAGCAGUGCCAGUGUAGUUUUUGAGGGCACAGACAUAAAAAAUGGCUCAGAAGAUCUGCCCUAUGCACAAAAACCUAUUGAUUACUACACAGAGACCAAGAUCCUGCAGGAGAAGGAGGUGCUCAGUGCAAACGACCCAGACAAGAAUUUCCUCACCACUGCAAUCCGUCCCCAUGGAAUCUUUGGUCCCAGGGACCCUCAGCUGGUGCCCAUCCUCAUCCAGGCAGCUCGGAGUGGCAAAAUGAAGUUCAUCAUUGGGGAUGGAAAGAACCUGGUGGAUUUCACCUACGUGGAGAACGUGGUGCAUGGGCACAUCCUGGCUGCAGAAAAGCUGCACAAAGGCUCCCCCCUGUGUGGGAAGGCCUUUCACAUCACCAACGAUGAACCCAUUCCCUUCUGGACCUUCAUGUCCCGCAUCCUGACCGGCCUGGACUACGACCCUCCCAAGUACCACAUUCCCUACUGGCUGGCCUAUUACCUGGCCCUGCUGCUGGCCCUGCUGCUGGCCCUGCUCAGGCCCCUGGUGACCAUCAAGGCCACCUUCACUCCCAUGAGGGUGGCCCUUGCUGGCACCUUCCACUACUACAGCUGUGAGAGGGCCAAGAGGGCCAUGGGCUACAGCCCCGUGGUCAGCCUGGACGAGGCCAUCGCCAGGACUGUGCAGAGCUACCCCAGCCUGCGCCGGGCCAGGGCCUGACUCCCUGCCUGGAGCCUCUCCAGCCUGUCUGCCACCAUUUCUGACAGCUCAACAUGGAGCACAGGGCAGCAGUUCCCAGG